AUGUCAUCGACUAGCAACAAGAAAGAGUCUUUUGAAGAGUUUUAUUCUGAGGUUAAGGAAAUAGAAAAAAGGGAUUCUGUUUUAACUCCUAAGCAACAAAUUGAAAGGUUACUUCGGCCAGGAUCUACCUAUUUUAAUUUAAAUCCAUUUGAAGUCUUGCAAGUAGAGCCAGAUGCCACUCUUGAUGAAAUUAAAAAAAAAUAUAGACGUCUUUCAAUUCUGGUACAUCCUGAUAAAAAUAUGGAUGAUCUCGAGCGAGCUCAACACUCAUUUGAGAUAGUGAAUCGUGCAUGGAAGACCUUGGAAAAUGAGGACACUAGAAAGAAAUGCUUGGACAUAUACCAAGAAGCGAAAGAAAGGACUGAACAUAUGAUAGAGCAGAAACGCAAGAAACAAAGGAAAGAAGGCCGUAGUGAUGAGCCAAUACCAGAAGAUGAUCCAGAUAAAUUUAAGCACGCUGUCUAUGUUAUGACUAUGAAGCUCUUUGCUGAUAUGGAGAGAAAGAGGCAACACCUAGAAACAAGAGACAUGGAAGAGAGAAAAAGAAAACGGGAAUCGGAAAUUGAACAAGAGGAGCAAAUGUCUUUUGAGAAAGAGUGGGCCAAGAACUUUGAAGAGUCUCGACAAAACCGCGUGGACAGUUGGAAAACCUUUCAAUCGUCAAGUGGAAAGGAGAAGAAAAAGAAGAAAAUUAUGGGAUUCAAACCCCCUAAACCAAAACCUGAGAGUAGAUAA